AUGGGUCGCUGGGGACAUUGCCUCUUCGGCCAUGACGACGCCAUCGGACACGCCAUCAAGGUUAGCAAGGAUGUUGCUCAAGGCGACGACCGCCAGUUCGCCCACAUGAUGAGUCGCGUGAUCGUCGGUUGUCCACCUGGUGUCUUUGGAUUCUACGUCGAAGAGUAUAGCCUCGCCGAGAAAAUCGGCCCCGGUGAGAUGGAAGCAUCCAUGGACCAGCUCAUCCGGCACAAGCUUGAUUCUGGCCUGGGCGACGAGCUGUUCGAAAAGUACCGCGCCGCCGAGCAGCACGGCUUUGACUUUGACGACAUGUCCAAGUACCUCGUGAUCAUUUUCGCCGCGGUGUUGAUGGGCUACGGAGCCAAGAUCAAGGAAAGUCAGAUCCAGCACCUUCGCGACCUCGUGCCCAAGCUCCAAUGCAACGAGGGCGUAGUACCGCCCUUUGGUGACUCCGGCUUCCGCGGCCCUGGAAAGCGACAAUUCCUUGCGGCCUUGGACCACUAUCAGGCUGGAAAGCGCAGAAGUUUCACACAGCCGAGUUGCCAUGGUUGUGGAAAGGUGAACGGCGAUAUCAAAGCUGAGGGAAAGACCCUAAUGAAGUGUGGUGGAUGCAAGAACGAGAGAGCCACCGCUUGGUUCUGUGACAAGGACUGUCAAAAGGGCUUGUGGAAACAUCACAAGCACAAUUGCGGUGCACCUCUUGGGCGCGGAAUCGCCCUUUUUCGAUCGUUCGGCAAGAACAGCUUCGGAGUCAUCGCCUAUGAUGGUGCCAAUGUAUGA